AGAGGAGUGACCCUGGGCUCCACGCUGGCGGCCAGUGCCUGGGCGCGCAGCCGUAGACCCGGCGCUGCCCAUCCCGCGCAUCCCCGGGCGGGGCGCGGCGCGGCUAACCCGCCUCCCUUCCACCCUCCCGGCGCCCGCCCGCGGCGGCCAUGGGGGCGCGGCUGGGGCGGCGGGCAAGAGCAGAUGCCCCUGCGGCGCCGAGUGCUGGGCCCGCGCCCUACGAGCGCCGGGUGCGCUGGCUGCGAGAGAUCCAGUCCACACUCCGCGAGCGGCGGCCGGAACGCGCUCGGCAGCUGCUGCGCCUCCUGCGCCAGGACCUGGGCCUUGAAGGGAACCUCCUCACUGACAUCCUCUACAGGAAUGUGACUUUCCUUAACCUGGUGGACCCCAUCUCCCAUGACCUGCUGGUGAACCUGGCCCGGGACCUGCAGUGCCCCAAGAAGGACCAUGAGCUCUGGAAGUCCUCGGAUAAGAUCUGUCGGCAACUCAUCUACCACCUCACUCCGCAUUCCAAGCGAAAACCCCACAGGAAAACCCAGAGCAGCCGCAGCCUACAGAAGACUCUGCUGGUAGGGGAGACUGUGGACCUUUCUGGUAUCCCGCUCUCGGCCCGGGAUGUGCAGCACAUAUCGCGCUACCUGGACAGUCGUGGUGUAGAGCUGGUGGUCCUAGACCUGAGCUUCACCGAGCUGAGCGAUGACCUCCUGCAUCUGCUGCUGCCCAGCCUCUGGGCUCUGCCCCGCCUCACCCAGCUGCUGCUUAACGGCAACCGACUGACGAGAGCUGCUGCCCGUGAACUCACCGAGGCUAUCAAGGACGCCACCAAGUUCCCCGUGCUGGCCUGGGUGGACCUGGGUAACAAUGUGGAUGUGUCUUCCCUUCCCCAGCCCUUGCUGGUUGGCCUACGAAGGCGACUGAGCCAGCACACCUCGCUCCCGACCAUCUAUGAGGGCCUGGACCUCGAGCCUGGGGGUGGCAUGGCCGAGACCACUGCUGCUGUCUCCACCUGGGGCUCCGCAGCCACUGAGGCAGGACCAGAGCCUCAGGGUUGCUGUGCCAGGUGACUGGCUACUGGUCUGGUUCAGUGCUAAUGACUGAGGUCUUUUAAGAACCAGGUAUUGUCCAGGGGUGUCCCUCAGAGAGACAGUGAGAAUGCUCAGCUGGGGGUGGAAGGGGGUGGAAGAGAAGGGUUUCAUGGGAGGCAGGCCAGACAGCCCAGACAAGGGGCUCCAUCUUA